AUGCUUGUCGUCUUGAUCAGCAUCUCUCAAACGACAGUAGCAACAACAACAGCGACGACAACAACGGCAACAACAGUGACGACUACAACGGAAACGACGACAACAACAAUUUCUGAAAGUAAACAGUACUCAAGUAAGGCAAUUGUUUUUCAUAAUUAUCGUGGUGCUAAUAACAACUUUUGUUUCGCAAUAGCUGCAUGCAAUAGAUUUCCGACGCAAGUGACCUAUUCAACUGGCUCUAAUCCGUAUUCUGUGGCAGCAGCAGAUGUCAAUGGAGACAGCAAACUCGAUAUUAUCGUUGCAAACUAUGCUUCACACAACGUAAGUGUUCUCCUCAACAAUGGCACUGGCACAUUUGCUGGUCAACUGACUUAUUCAACCGGUACUAACCCGAGGUCUGUGGCAGUGGCUGAUGUCAAUGGAGACAGUAAACUCGAUAUUAUUGUCGCAAACUACGCUUCACACAACAUCAGUGUUCUCCUUAACGAUGGCAAUGGAACGUUUGCUGCUCAAGUGACCUAUUCAAGUGGCUCUCUACCGUGGUCUGUAGCAGCAGCCGAUGUCAAUGAAGAUAGCAAACUUGAUAUUAUUGUCGCAAACUUCGGUUCAAAUAACGUCGGUGUUCUCCUCAACAAUGGCAAUGGUACAUUUGCUGCUCAAGCGACUUAUUCAACUGGCACUACCCCGAUAUCUGUGGCAGCCGUCGAUGUUAAUGGAGAUAGCAAACUCGAUAUUAUUGUCGCAAACUUCGGUUCAAAUGACGUCGGUGUUCUCCUCAACAAUGGCAAUGGCACAUUUUCUGCUCAAGUGACUUACUUGGCUGGCAUUAACCCAAGGUCUGUGGUAGCAGUCGACGUCAGCGGAGAUAGUAAACUCGAUAUUAUUGUCGCAAACUUCGGUUCAAAUGACGUCGGUGUUCUCCUCAACAAUGGCAAUGGCACAUUUUCUGCUCAAGUGACCUAUUCAACUGGCUCUUCGCCGCUGUCUGUGGCAGCAGCCGAUGUCAAUGGAGACAGCAAACUCGAUCUUAUUGUCGCAAACUAUGCUUCACACAAUGUCGGUGUUCUCCUCAACAAUGGCAAUGGCACGUUUGCUGCUCAAGUGACCUAUUCAAGUGGCUCUUCGCCGGCGUCUGUGGCAGCAGCGGAUGUCAAUGGAGACAGUAAACUCGAUCUUAUUGUUGCCAACGCCGGUUCAAACAAUGUCGGUGUUCUUGUAGCUGUUUGCAACUGA